CCAAAACAAACCCUUCCGCAAGCCGCACGCAGAAAUAAGAAAAGUGUCGCGUAUUCCGAGGAUUUCUCUAGAUUCUUCGGUGUGCACGCGGUGAAUUAGUGCUGUUCUUUGACUAUCCGUGAAACCACGCAGUGCGGAACGAUGAGCGGCAAAAAGGGACUGGAUUUUCUGCGAACCGUCGCUACUUACAUGACGAAAACAAACGGCUACGAUCGCUGCCUGCAGCAGCUGGAAAUGGUGAGCGGUGGCGAUGGACGUUGUGUAGCCGAGUUCAAAGUCGGUGAAGAACAUCUGAACCGUGCCGGUGGACUGCAUGGUGGUUACACGGCAACCAUCGUGGACGUAGUCACCACGUACGCGCUGAUGACGAAGGAAAAUGCAGUCCCAGGAGUGUCGGUCGAUAUUCACGUCAGCUACCUAAAGGGCGCCCGGCAAGGAGACGAAGUCAUCAUCGACGCCAACACGGUUCGGGCUGGUCGCAAUCUGGCCUUUCUAGAGUGUGAGCUGCGCCACAAGAAGGACAAUUCAAUCAUCGCCAAAGCAUCGCAUACCAAAUACAUCGGUAGCAGUUAAAUCAGACCCGCCGGACAUAGUCAAUUGUAAAGAUGAUGGAUGGGGUUGCGUUGUUUUACCGUUCUUUCAGUUUUGUUUAGUUGAACAUGUAAUGUAGAAUAUAAAUGCCUCAAUGAAGUGAGAACCCA